AUGGCUGUCCUGUACUGGAUGGCUGUAACGCUGGGUUUGUUCCUGUCUGCUGGAAACAGUUUGGCUGAUGUGGACCAGAACCAACUUGCAGGAAUUGUAAAAGAAAUCUUGAACAGGUAUAGACCAAGCUACACGGGCAGCAACGGUCAAAGAAGAGAACCCAUGUUCAGUCUGGCUGUAAGCAUCCCAUACGACAGUGACAGGAAAAUAUAUAACAUCAGUCAAGUCACUGACACUCGUGAACAAGUCUGGCAAAGUAUUUUGAAGAAAUGUGAAGUGUACACCAGUAAGAGGAUGGUCGCAGCUACAGUUCUGAGAUGGCCCAGUGUUGUGGAUCAGUGUCCUGAGGGACGUGUGCAAUGGUCUGAUCUUCCAACAAAAUGUGGUCAAACGUGGGCUGAUGUUAAAAAAAACUGUCCCACAGAAAUUGAAGAUGGUAGAGCGGAUCAUGCAGAGUACCGUAUUCUACAAAACUUUACCACCUUGGUCAGCAAUCAUGACAAAAUGAUUUGUUGCUUUUCUACGUUCUUGCUUCCCCGUGUGAUCAAAGAUGUACAAAUGAAUCUAGUCCCUAUAACAUUCUCAACAGCAUCAAAAUGAUUCAGCAGUGGAAUAAAUAUGCUAUUGUGUUUUCAAAUGUAUUUAAGCCCAGUGAUGGUGACCCACGUGGAUCCGUUGAGCGGCUUGGGCAGUCAGUUGGUCUGAGCAAUAUAUUCCGUUGCACAGGAGAUGAAAUGCAGUGCACAAGCUGCUCUAGCGGUAAACAAGUUACAACCUAUUGUUAUUCAGAGGAACCACAACCUUCCCCCACAAAUAUAGCAGAAGUUGUGUCCUCCUCCCAAAGUGGGCUUGAUAGCAAUAAUGGAAAUGAUGAGUCUGAUACAGGUGAAAGCGUCUCGCCAUCACCAGCGGGUACCAUUAAUGACAAUGGAAAUAAUUUAAAUGUGGGAGGUGUGACCUCCUCCCAAAGUGGGCUUGAUAGCAAUAAUGGAAAUGAUGAGUCGGAUACAGGUGAAAGUGUCUCCCCAUCACCAGCGGGUCCUAUUCUUAACAAUGGAAAUAAUUUAAAUGUGGGAGGUGUGACCUCCUCCCAAAGUGGGCUUGAUAGCAAUAAUGGAAAUGAUGAGUCUGAUACAGGUGAAAGUGUCUCCCCAUCACCAGCGGGUCCUAUUCUUAACAAUGGAAAUAAUUUAAAUGUGGGAGGUGUGACCUCCUCCCAAAGUGGGCUUGAUAGCAAUAAUGGAAAUGAUGAGUCUGAUACAGGUGAAAGUGUCACCCCAUCACCAGCGGGUCCUAAUUAUGGCAAUGGUAAUAAUAUAAAUGUAGGAGGUGUUGUAUCUGUCCAAAGUGGGCUUGGUAGCAAUAAUGGAAAUGCUGGUUCUAAUACAGGUGAAAGUGUCUCCCCAUCACAAACAGGUCCUAAUUAUGGCAAUGGAAAUAAUUUAAAUGUGGGAGGUGUUGUAUCUGUCCAAAGUGGGCUUGGUAGCAAUAAUGGAAAUGCUGGUUCUAAUACAGGUGAAAGUGUCUCCCCAUCACAAACAGGUCCUAAUUAUGGCAAUGGAAAUAAUUUAAAUGUAGGAGGUGUUGUAUCUGUCCAAAGUGGGCUUGGUAGCAAUAAUGGAAAUGUUGGUUCUAAUACAGGUGAAAGUGUCUCCCCAUCACAAACAGGUCCUAAUUAUGGCAAUGGAAAUAAUUUAAAUGUAGGAGGUGUUGUAUCUGUCCAAAGUGGGCUUGGUAGCAAUAAUGGAAAUGCUGGUUCUAAUACAGGUGAAAGUGUCUCCCCAUCACAAACAGGUCCUAAUUAUGAAAAUGGAAAUAAUUUAAAUGUAGGAGGUGUUGUAUCUGUCCAAAGUGGGCUUGGUAGCAAUAAUGGAAAUGCUGGUUCUAAUACAGGUGAAAGUGUCUCCCCAUCACAAACAGGUCCUAAUUAUGGCAAUGGAAAUAAUUUAAAUGUAGGAGGUGUUGUAUCUGUCCAAAGUGGGCUUGGUAGCAAUAAUGGAAAUGCUGGUUCUAAUACAGGUGAAAGUGUCUCCCCAUCACAAACAGGUCCUAAUUAUGGCAAUGGAAAUAAUUUAAAUGAAGUAGGUGUGUCCUCCUCCCAAAGUGGGCUUGAUAGCAAUAAUGGAAAUUAUGGUUCUGAUACAGGUGAAAUUGUCUCCCCAUCACAAACAGAUGAAGAUUAUGGCAAUGGAAAUUUUGAUUUUAAAACAGGUGGCAGAAAACCAAGUGGCAGUAGCAUUAGUAAAAACACAAAAGAGGAGAGGAGCAACAGAGGAAAAGGCAGCGGAAUGAGCAAACGCAAAGGAGGAAAA